AUGUCAGGUUCUCGUAACUUGUCGGGAAAUCGUGAUGAUUUCUAUGACGAGUUGGACUUUUUACUUGAUGGACGUGGUCGGCCCAUUCAGGAGGAUCCUUAUGAAGACGAUUUCGUGAUUACUCAUAGACGUUUCAAAGAACGUGCGGCCGCUGCGUUUGAGGAGGAUAUGGCGGAAUUGAGACGCAAGCGACGAGACAUGCAGGAUCGCAUCUUCGAUGUGAUCGAUUUGAACGCUGAAAUAGAGAAGGCCAAGAAUACUCUAGAGGCUGCCGACAUCGUGUUCCAGCGACACGCGACAAAAUUCGACAACCAGGACGAUGACGAGCAAACGAUGUCAUUGUCGCAGAAACUCGAUAGAACGCGCAAGAUCGCAAAUGUUGAGCUGGAGAAGCCCAAGACCUUCCUGUUGAAAUUGCCCAAGAUGCCGGUCGAUGAGCCGGAAACUAUUCAGCCCCCCGUCCCGGCAGGAAGACAAUACAGGAUCAACUCAUUAAUUGAUACAAACGAAAUUGAUGAUCCACGAGAGGUUCUCGCGAUGCAACCGAUGAAGCGAAGAUUUUUGCAGAGAAAGAAAAGCGUCUCGUUUUAAGGUUCGAAAAAGCUUAUCUGU